AUGAUAGGAGAAGUACCAGGAGGAUAUGGUUUAACAGAAUCUCGAGUGGCAGCAUAUGGAUAUCCAGAAUUUUUUACGAGACCGCCGGUAUUAUAUCAGCCAACAUAUCCUCCGUUAGCACCUACAAAAAUGAUUCGACGGGGAUUAAGUGAACUGGCACCUCCAUGGUUGGAUGAGGAACGAGUAUCUUUGUUAUCACGAGAGACUAUGUCAAAAAAACAAACAUUGAAAAAUAAAGAGGUUUAUGUGAAGUUAAUUAAAGAUUUAUAUCCGACAGAUGGAGUAAAAUUCGAUGAUGAUGAUGGGCAUUAUAUUGUUAUUCCUAAUUCCGACUUGACACCGCGCUAUAGAAUCAUAAAAGUUCUUGGUCAAGGAACAUUUGGCAAAGUGAUUCAAUGUUAUGAUCGUUUAAAAAAAGAUUAUUGUGCCAUUAAAGUAAUACGGUCUAUUCAAAAAUAUCGAGAUGCGAGUAUGAUAGAGCUUCGGGUUUUGCGUACUAUCAGUGAAAAUGAUCCUGAAAAUUUGAGAAAAUGUAUUCAUAUGAGAGAUUGUUUUGAUUAUAGAAAUCAUAUAUGUAUUGUGAUGGGUCUUCUUGGAAUGUCAGUCUUCGAUUUUUUAAAAAACAAUAGCUUUAUUCCUUUUCCUCUUUCACAUAUUCAGCAUUUCGCGUAUCAGCUUUUUACCAGUGUUGCAUUUCUUCAUGAUCUUAAUUUAAUACACACAGAUCUUAAGCCCGAGAAUAUUCUUCUUGUUCAUGCGGGAUUUCGUACCGUUCCUUAUACUAAAAAGUUAGGCGUAAAAGUAAAACGAUUACUAAAUAACACGGAAAUAAGACUUAUCGAUUUUGGAAGCGCUACUUUUGAAAAUGAAUAUCAUUCAAGUGUUGUAAGCACUAGACAUUAUAGGGCUCCUGAAAUUAUUUUGGGAAUGGGAUGGUCUUAUCCUUGUGAUAUAUGGUCAAUAGGAUGUAUUCUUAUAGAAUUUUUUACAGGUGAAGCUCUUUUUCAGACACAUGAUAAUUUAGAACAUCUUUCUAUGAUGGAAAUUAUUUGUGGAAAAUUGGAGCCGAAAUUUAUAAGACAAUCUUCGAAAUCUGCUCAGAAAUAUUUUCGUCAUAGUGGAAAAUUAGAUUAUCCUAAUAAAGAUACAUCGCCUUCAAGUAGAAAGUUUGUUAAAACAAUGCGAUCACUAAAAGAAAUCGUUCCUUCUACUUCUCCUUUAAAAACUCAUUUUUUGGAUUUACUUACCAAAAUAUUUAUAUACGAUCCUAAUAAACGGAUUACUGCAAAAGAAGCACUUUCUCAUCCUUAUUUUUUUACUCCUGUUAGAGAAGAUGAUAUAUAAGCUAAAAUAUCCG